AUGUCCGCCAAAUUGUAGUUCAGUUCGCAACUUGGUUAAACGCCCAGACACAAAAAGAAACCAUACAAUGGAAUACGAGUACACGCCUGUUCAUCUUGUUUACAAAUCACACUUCCUAAUCAGGACAUAUCAGGAGUAUGAAAGCCAAGGGCAGAAGAAUACAGGUUUUCUCGCAUAGCAGUCAACUCUUGAGACUUACUGCCAAAAUAAUUGUUAUCUGGAACUCCAGUCCACUCAUUCGAGAGGAAAUCAGACACCCAUAAAAAUCUUGAUAAGUAUGUGUGUGGUCAGAUUGUUCAAAAUGUAUAGACUGAUCUGCCGCAUAAAUACUAACUUUCACCUGUUGCUUCUAUCCCAUCUUUGGUCAUUGAAAUUUUAUCAAUGGAGGACGAAGAAGUCAUAAAUAGAGAUAUAAAUCUCACAGGCUGUGGAACUAGUUGGGCAUGUGAUCCAAGAAGACGUCCUCAUCGCUAUAUUGUAUUGUUCUUCAUUUGUUUCCUUUCUUUUGGAAGCUAUUUUUGCUAUGAUAAUCCUUCAGCACUUCAAGAUGUCUUCCUAAGCUCUCUAGACAUGACAAAGGUUGAAUUCAUGAAUUUGUACGCAUUUUACUCAUGGCCAAAUGUAAUUCUAAGUUUUGUAGGUGGUUUUCUUAUCGAUAGAGUAUUUGGUAUCCCAUGGGGAAGCAUUAUUUUUUCAAUGUUUGUACUUAUUGGGCAAAUAAUAUUCGGUAUAGGAGCUUAUUUUAAAAAUAUUCCUGCAAUGUAUUUCUCCCGAUUGAUAUUUGGAAUCGGUGGUGAAUCACUCGCUGUAGCACAGAAUACUUAUUCAACUGAAUGGUUUCCACCAAAUGAGUUAAAUCUAGUAUUUGGACUUCAACUUAGCAUGUCACGUAUUGGAUCGACAGUAAACAUGGUAACAAUGCAACCACUGAAUCGAGCUGUUGGCAAACACUUCAAUAUACACACUAAUAAACAAUUGGGUGCAUCUUUAUUGACUGCUUCUGUUACCUGUUUAUUUUCUACUCUCUGUGCUGUAAUUAUGUUGUUUUUUACAAAGAGAGCUAAACGCAUUCUGUCAUCUUGUGGAAGACCGCAUUCACUGAAUACCCAGCCUGUUGAAUCCAAUACACUUGAAAUAUCUAAUCAUGAAGAAGAACAAUUACUCACGACGAAAAUAGAAGAUCAAAACAAAAAGAUCUCUCCUAUGGAUGUUAUUCAUUUUCCAGGCGCUAUUUGGCUUAUUUGUAUCAUUUGUGUGACAUAUUAUGUAACAGUAUUUCCAUUUGUUAGUUUAGGACUAGUAUUUUUUGAAAGGAAAUUUGGUUUAUCUGUUCAAGAUGCUAGUGUUGUUAACAGUCUUAUCUACAUUAUAUCCGCUGUGGCAAGUCCUGUAUUUGGAGCAGCAAUUGAUAUUAUCGGAUAUAAUUUAUAUUGGUUAUUCAGUGGAAUAUUAAUUACAUUGGGCUGUCAUUUAUGCUUUGCUUUUACUAGUGGUCAAAUUCCCCCACUAGCUAUCAUGAUUGUGAUGGGUUUGUCUUAUUCUGUUCUGGCUAGUAGUUUAUGGCCAAUAGUUGCUUUUGUAUUGCCAUUGCAUCAAAGAGCCACAGCUUAUGGUUUAAUUUCUUCAAUUCAAAAUUUAGGACUUGGAUUAAUUUCCAUAUUUGCUGGAUAUUUAGUUGAUACAAAAGGUUAUUUGUUCCUUGAAGUGUUUUUCGUCUUCUGUCUCAGUAUCGCUAUCACUGCUACAUUUGGUCUACUUAUAUGGGAUCAUCGUUUUGGUACAGGAUUACUAAAUGAAUCUGGUGUAAAUAGACGAUCGAAAAAUCUUGUAAGCAAAAUUGACGAUGGAACUGUAAGCCGUACAUCAUUGGAGCCAGUUAUUACUUGAUUAUAAAUAUGAAUUUCAUAAUUUAUUUCAUUUCUCAUAUUUUAUCAUAAAUGAUUUUCAAUUAAACUUUUUACUUUGUUUCUAUGUGUCCUACAUGAUUCAUUACGCCUGAUUCAUAUGUUCUUUAUAAAUUCAGUUAAGUAUUUUCGUACACCAACAGCUGAACUUCCUCAUGGAGUUAAAACAGUUUAAUUUAUAUCUUAUUUUAACGAUAAGUAUUCAAUUAUGUUUCAUUUUUGAUUACGUUUCAUUUUCUAAAUCAUGAAUUCUAUGUAUUGUUUUUUUGUAUUUUGUGAUUUGAUUUCAUUAUAAGUAUUGGAUAUUUCUUUUGGUUAUACAAAAUGUUUUGUACUAAUUACAGUUAACCGGGACUACUAUUCUUGGUUCUUUUUUCAAUCACGUUAUUUCUAUGCAUAGUUUUUCCCUUAUGGUUGUUUCAAUGUUAAGCGGUCGGAAUCAUUCAGCAAUGGGGCUAUACUUUUGAUUGGCGUGCCCAAAGUCUUCUAUGAUAUACUCCGUCUAAACCCUUUUUAUCUUUUAGGUAGUAUAACCAAGCUGUUGAAGUGAUAAAUUACUGCUUUAUGGA